CCCGAAAACAGAUCCAUUAGACUUGUACGACGACGUUGAAGUCGCCGGAAAACUCAGCGUCAUUUUUAUUAAAGCAAAAAAAAAAAAAAAUAAUGGAAAUAAAAAAAAAAAUCUAAAUUUAGAAUUUACACAUUUGAAUUGGCUGAAAUUUGGGAGGGGGAUAAAUUAAAUCUGGCAAAGAUAGAGGGGUUGAGGGCGAGAUCGUCGGGGAGGCCAGGUGGGAGCGGGAGGGGCGGGGAGGAAGACGAGGAACACGGGGAAUUCAGGGUCACGUGGCGACGCAGGUUGCUCAUGGCACUCAAGCUCAACGUCACGUGCUCCUCCGCCCUUAGGAUCGCCCUCUUUCUCCUCCUCCUCGCCGCCAUUGCCACCGCCUGCAUUUCUCUCCCCGUUGAAAAGAUAUUGAAGGAUUUCUUGUUAUGGGUAAAGCAGGAUCUUGGACCUUGGGGCCCUCUUGUUUUGGCCAUUGCAUACAUUCCUCUUACAGUCCUCGCGGUGCCAGCUUCAGUACUUUCACUUGGAGGUGGUUAUCUCUUUGGGCUGCCUGUGGGAUUUGUAGCUGACUCUAUUGGUGCUACAAUAGGUGCAACAGCUGCAUUCAUUCUUGGUAGAACAAUUGGAAGAUCAUAUGUUAUUUCAAAGCUAAAGAAUUAUCCGAAGUUUCAGGCCGUUGCUAUUGCAAUUCAGAGAUCUGGCUUUAAGAUAGUUCUGCUUCUUCGGUUUGUUCCCCUACUUCCGUUCAACAUCUUGAAUUAUCUCCUGUCUGUGACUCCUGUGCAUAUUGGGGAAUAUAUGCUGGCAACUUGGUUGGGAAUGAUGCCAAUCACAUUUGCUCUAGUAUAUGUUGGAACAACGCUGAAGGAUCUUUCUGAUGUUACACAUGGAUGGAAUGAGGUUUCAACAACUCGUUGGGUACUUAUGGUUCUUGGAUUUGGUAUAUCUGUGAUUCUGUUGAUUUGCAUCACUAAAGUUGCCAAGGCUUCUCUGGACAAAGCACUGGCCGAAAAUGCUGAAAUGGAGGGCAUCUGGACCCCAUCAAUGCUACCUAUCGUAGCAGAAUCACCCCUGGAAAUUGAGAAGCCUCUCAUAAUAAAGAUAGACUCAUUGAGAGAGGAUGAUGAGCAACAAAUGCUUGUUUAAUGUAAAUUCUUUCCUUCAUUUUUUGGUUAGAUGUGACUUGUUAGGAAUCAAGAAAAUAUCAAGGCACAGAAAAGAAGAAAAGAAAGCUUAUGCCAUUAUAGUUCA